AUGAACAAAAUCCGCCUUCGUGCUCUUUCUCCGCCUUCCGGUAUGUUACAACGUGCCACAAGAUGUAGAGUGAGACGGAGAAACUACGUAAAGCCAGAACUUAAACAAAGCAACUUCUCAAAAGACGAAGACGAACUCAUCCUCAAGCUUCAUGCACUUCUUGGCAAUAGAUGGUCAUUGAUAGCGGGAAGAUUGCCUGGACGAACGGACAACGAAAUAAGGAUCCAUUGGGAAACUUACUUAAAGAGGAAGCUCAUGAAAAUGGGAAUCGACCCAACUAAUCAUCGUCUUUACCAUCACACCAACUACAUUACCAGACGUUACCUCAAUUCCUCGCACACCAAUAUUAUUAGUGAUCAAUCUUCUUCGGUAUCCGAAUCAUGUAAUAUGACAAUAUUACCCAUUUCAAGUACAAAUUGCUCGGAGGAUAGUACUAGUACCGGACCAGGUCGUUUGCCUGACCUCAAUAUCGGUCUGAUCCCGAUAAAGACGGUCACUUCUUUGCCAGCUCGUUGCCUUCAAGACCUUAGCGAUUCCUCUAACUAUUGUUCAACAGGUCAAGAAACGCUUCUUCUUUUCCGGUGA